CUAUAUAUUGGUCUUCACUCUUUCACCAAAUUCUCUACAAAAUGGCUUUCUUUCUCUGCUCCCUCUUCUUUCUCAUCUCUUCUGCAAGUGCUUGUGAUAGCUGCGUCCAUCAAACCAAGGUUGCUUUUUUCUCCAAAGCUGAUGCCCUAUCAUCUGGGGCUUGUGGGUAUGGUUCCUUGGCUAUAGGCUUCAAUGCCGGACAACUUGCAGCUGCUGUUCCUGGUCUUUACAAAGACGGAGCUGGUUGUGGUUCUUGCUUUCAGAUAAGAUGCCAGAACAAUAAUCUCUGCAAUAGGCAAGGAACAAAAGUGAUAAUUACUGAUCUUACCCAGAAUAACCAGACAGAUUUUAUUCUCAGUAGCAGAGCUUUUAGGGCCAUGGCUUACAAGGGCAUGGACCAAGGCAUUUUGAAACUUGGGCUCGUCGAUGCGGAAUACAAGAGAAUACCAUGUGAUUACAAAAAUCAGAAUUUGGCUGUCCGUGUGGAAGAAGCUAGCCAAAAGCCAAAUUAUCUAGCGGUUAAGUUCCUGUACCAAGGUGGCCAGACAGAAAUUGUAGCAGUUGAUGUGGCUAAGGUUGGUUCACCAAAUUGGACUUUCAUGACUAGAAACAAUGGCGCUAUAUGGAACACAGAUAGAGCACCAGCAGAGCCGUUGCAGUUCCGAAUGCUCGUGACAUAUGGCUACGAUGGGAAGUGGAUUUGGGCCCAAAAUGUACUCCCAGCUGAUUGGAAGGUUGGGGUUAUUUACGAUUCUGGUGUCCAGAUCAAUGAAAUUGCACAGGAGGGCUGUUCACAUUGUGACAUUAAUGGAAGUUGGAACUAAUAAUAAAUCUUGUUUAACUUUUGUGAUGAUGUCGACUGCUUUCAACGAUGAGAUUAUGGGAGUUGCUGAAUCUACGCACCAAAUGGGAGAUGCCGUUUUGUUUAUGUAACUGUUUGUACUUCGGUUGUAAACUCUACUUUUUUCGGCUUUUGUUGACUCAUUGUCAACUUUAUUUUCUUUUCUUUUAGGUUCGUGUUGGGCAUAUGAUUAUAAGGGUCUAGGUGCCAACAUAGUUGGAAUGUUUUCUUCUUGUUGUGAUGCCGUUUCCACGUGUCCCAUUUAAUCUUUGUAACUCUUAUUUUAAAAAUUAAUGAAUUUUUUUUUUUUUGUCGUUUAAAAAAAAAAGAAC